AUGCUCAAACGAAAACCACAGGACCUCCAGGUCCCUGUACCAAACUUCCCGUUAUCUUCGCCGAUCAGCGAAGAAAUCUCAAGUCCGUCAUGCUCCUCGGAAGAUCAGGAAGAACGAGACAGGCCAUUUGCAUUUCUAUCCAAGGCAGCACGACAAAAGCUCGAGGCCAAGUCCGGCAAAGAUGGGAACCGCUCGCCCAUUUCCUCCCACCGAGAAGCCUCGAGACUAAAUAUCCGCGUCACCAAGAAACGCAAAAGUGUCGCGAAACCAGUUGGGCUGAACCUUGUUACGGAUUUCACGUUGGCGCCGGCGCCAACGCCGAGGAAACAGUCGAUUCCUACAGUUGCAAAUGCGGCUGCGCCGUUCGUCGAUCUGAAUGACCUCAAGCUCCUCUCGAAAGUGCGAGAGAAGGAACGCUCGGCGCAGAAAUCAAAGGAUAUCUUUAGGAAGAGAGUUUCACGGGGCUUUCAUCGGGUCUCUGAGACGGUGCAGAGUCACAACCACAGCCAGAAUGGAACGGGAAUUUCAUUCCUUACCCCCAGAGAUGAAGAUCCAUUCCAUGACAGACACGAGAAUGGAAUCUCGCCUUCAGACCGCCAUGUCAUGAUUGGACUCACUGUGCCUUGUAACGAGUCAGUAGAGAGAUUACAGGACCCUGACAGCGCAGGCACGCCGCUCACACCAUCAAUUGUCGUCACUCCUGCACCAUGGGAUGCACCCUCAAACUCGAGCACCGAAAUGCUCCGACCAAGAGCAACAUCAAGCGUUUACUCACAGCCAACGCCCCGCCUCUGGCAAUAUGAAACCGAUGUACCACCCGUGCCAGCCAUUCCCGCACAGCACUCAAAUGCUACCAAAACUCCCGUCCAGGGGUCUGCCUAUCACAGCACAUUGGGCGUAGAAAGGAACGCUCGCACACUCUCAACAACCUCAAUCUGGGAAGAUGACAGUCCGCCCCGGACGCCAGAAACAGCACGCACAAUCCCGAAGGACCAACAGGGCCGUCUCAGUGUCAACACCCAAGCAGACAACAGACCCCAAUCGCAAGGCUGGUGGACAUACCUCCUCUCCCCGCUGAUGGGCCGGUCCAUAAAAUCCCCCCUCAGCCCAUCCUUCCCACAGGACUCACCCUCCACCCCGUCACCAACUACAACCCGAACCCGGGCCCACGAGCCAAAAGAAUGGAUCCAGCGCGAGAAAGAGGUCUCAUGCUUCUCACCAGAUACACCAGAGACAGCAGCCCCGAUGGGCGAGAAGGCAUUCGAGAUUUCCCGAUCAUUCGAAACAGACCAACAUCAACAAGAUCCCGAACGACACCAAUCCCCGCCACCCGCAUACGUCUCAAACGCCUCUAGUAGACAAAACACCAUGUCCUUCAUGUUCGGCAACAACCAAACAAUCCAAGGUGAAGCAGCUGAGUACUAUCAAGCCUGCGCACACGAGUUAUUUAGCAAGACGCCGUACUUUGAGUGUAUCAACCACAUCUGUUCGAUUACGCCUGCCCACCCCAUUGCUAGGCCAGCAGGAGCCACAAACGGGACAGAAGAUGGUAGUCGGGGACUAGCGCUGGGUACGCCUGAGGAGCCCGGAGCAUCAGGUCUUGAAGGAGCACGCGAAAACCAGAUAGUUUCGUCGACGUCGACGAAGAAUGCCGGCCUGCUUAUUGAUAUUGACUCACCUCGUCCCGGGUCGACGGCGGGGACGAUCCCGGCUGGGUAUGCUGUUCGCGCGAAGGAGGUGCAGGUUCUGUCGCCAUCAUCAGAGUUUAGUUCUCAUACGUGGGAUUCGUCUGUUGUUGAUGAGAGUGAAAAGGACUCGGUGGCGCAUGGUGCUAGGGGUGGUGCUUCUGAGGCUCGGUCUCAGCGUGCUGCUUCGCCUCUCGUUCCUACACCUGUUCCCGUUCCUGUUGUUGCGCCGCCCGCGGAAGUGGUCGAUAAGCCUGCGCCUGCACCUGCGCCUGCUCCUAUUCCUAUGCCCGAGCCAGCUCCUGCUCCCGCUCCCGCUGCCGCUCCUCCCCCUGCUCCGCAGAUAACCACUAACCCGGUGGCUAAUUUUCAUUUCACUCAGCCUCCACCGCAGCCACAGGUACAGCCUCUGCAGCCGGUAGUGCAAUAUGUCCCUGUAUUUGCUCCUCAGGCUGGACAGCCACAGCCAAUAGAGCCGAUAAUGCAACAACCGCAACCGCAGGAAGCCUCGCGAGGAGUCUUGGAGCCGCCGACGGUCCAACCAGCGCCUCAAAUAACAACACCAAGAACAGAAUGGCCGUGGGGAAAUCGAGGAGAACAGCAAGAGCAACCCCAGGUUCAGCAGCCAGCCAUCCAAGGACACGCACCCGGGUUUGAAUGGGCAUAUGUUCAACAAGGACAGCCGCAAGAACUUCCUGUUACGCAAGCAUCGCCUCAAGCAUCGCAGGUGCCACAUGGACAGGCCCCUCCACAGACAUGGCAGCCUACUGAUGGUCAUGUCAACCAGCCCCGGGAACCGCUUGUUAUCCAGGGACGGCAAUCCGGGUCUGGAUGGCCAUUUAGUCUAACUGCGCAUCCUCACUCAAAUGCACCCCCUGUACCGCCUAUGCCACAAGCCCACACUGGAUCAGAGGUUCAACAUCAACAAGAGCAACUUCAGGAUCGGCACCAUGGGUCUGAAGAGCUGCAAACAGAACGAGGAAUGCCUCAAGGAUCAGAACUUGCGCCCCAUAGAUAUUUACAAGCCUCCGAGCCUAUUUCUCCUGGUUUCCAGCGCGCCGCUGGUGGACCUGGCUCAAUUCCAAUGUCGGAUAUGCAGGCACCGGCUCCGGCGUACACGCAAUAUCCUCGAGAUCCUGCUCUCCCUCCUCGUUAUGAUAUACAGCCACGUUAUGAUAACGAUCCUACAGCUGGAGUUUCGAGUGUCAACCCAGGCGGCACGAUAGGACCUCAUGAGGCCCGACGUCGUAGACUUGAAAAGGAGGAAGCCACUGGCCGCAGAGUUUGUAGUCUCUGGCGUGGCCGGGGUCCAUUCAGCAAGAAGAGCGGACGUCCAGGACGUGAGGGUCGUACUCGACGAAGAUGGUAUUUCGUGAUUUGUAUUUUCUUCUUUAUCAUCGUGAUUCUAGCCACUAUUCUGGCGAUCACAUUGACAAGGAAAGGAGACGAGACUCCCGUUCAAUCGCGGUGGCUGAACCUCACAGGCUAUCCGCCCAUGCCGACUGGGAUUGCAACACUUGCUGGGACAGAGCCACAGCUUGAAAAGUCGACUUGUAUCACUCCUUCUUCGAUGUGGAGCUGUGCCUUGCCCAAGGACCAACAGGAUGCCAAUAAGCCGUACAAUGCGAACCAGCCCAAUUUCCGUGUUUCCAUCCGCUUCCGCAAUGGCACAUACGAUAACAGCACCGCUGUCGGCUCGAAGCUACGUAUCAGGAGCGACGAUCUUUUCAACCCCUCGCCCGCAGCCCCGAGAGACGCAGAACAGGACUUCCUCGGCCAAUACACAGACAACAACACCGCACCCUACGCCGGCGAAGAAACACCCUUUUAUAUGUCCCUCCUCUCACCAGUCUCCCUCUCCUCAGCAAACAUCUACCGCCGCGCAGCCACCUCCAACGGCACCGCAUACCCCAACAUCUCAUCCAUAAUCCCGGCACCAGAAGAAAACGCCGACAGAACCCCAUCCGCAGCAAUGCUCUAUCCCCUCCCCUCAUCCCAACCAAUCCGCCUCUACAACCGCGGCCUCGCAACUGAACACUACGGCUUCUACAGCUACUUCGACAAAUCCAUCUUCCUAACCUCCCAAACCAAAUCCUCACCGGCCGACACAAACGGCGGGACUUCAAAAUCCGACGCAAAAUACCGAUGCACAUGGUCCCAAACUCGUCUCCACGUCCAAAUCUGGACCCAACCCGACAAAAUUGGCCGUCACCUCCUCCCCCAAUCAAACAACACCGCCACAUCCACCUCAUCCGCAACACCAACAUCAACAAAUAAACCUACAUCAUCAUCCUCCGCAACAGACUUCUCCCGCCCAGGCUCAUUCCCAUACCCGGUAACAAUAACAGUGGACCGACACGGCGGCGCGGAGAAAAAGAAAAUGGUCUACUGCUACCCGCUCGAAGACGACGGACAUUACAAUAUCACUGCUGUGCAGCUGCAGCUCGAGGAUCGUGCUGUUGGGGGUGAUAUUAUCAAUCCGGCUUCGGGACUUUUCAAGGGUAUUGGUGGAACGAAGAAUUCUACGGUUGAAGAGGCGGGUGGUGUUGAUGGUGGUACUGGUGGGUGUGGAUGUCAAUGGGUGAAUUGGAUUUCGAAUGCGUGA